CUCUUUCUCUCUCUCUCUCUCUCUCUCUCCCUCUCUCUCUCUCCCCCUCUCGUUUAUCUCUGCACCGAUCUCGUUCAUCUCUGCACCGAUCACUCUCUCACUCUCUCGUUGUUCAUCUCAUCGAUUCGCACCGAUCAUCGCACCGCCGAUCUACUCACAGGUUAUGGGUUUCAAACAAAGCAGAGAUACAGAUUUGGGUGGUUCAGCAUGAAGCUCAAGAUGGUGGGAGGUGACUCUGCUGGUGUUGUGGCAGCUUAUUAUAUGUGCUCGGAGAACGGGGCGGGGCCGACGAGAGAUGAGUUGGAUAUUGAGUUUUUGGGGAACAGAACAGGGCAGCCGUACCUCAUUCAGACCAACGUUUACAAGAAUGGAACUGGAAACCAAGAGAUGAGGCACCAGCUUUGGUUUGAUCCCACUGAGGACUUUCACUCCUAUUCUAUCCUCUGGAAUUCUCACCAGAUUCUGGAAAGCUUUGGUUUCUCCAAUUGAGAGAUAUGCAGUUGUUCCUGAUGACAACGUCAAAAGGAUAAAUUUUGCCGAGGGGAAGAUCUGAUUCUAGAAGUAAGGAAUUUUGAGCUUGAUUUUUGAAAUAGGCUCAAAAUUGAGAUCUUGUUGGAAAUUUUUUAAUUUUUGUAAAAGCAUUUAAAUAUCCAAUGUGCUGAUUGGUGAAUUUUAGAUUUUAUUUUAUUAUUUUUUUUUUUUUAGGAUUUGGGUGAAUUUUAUAAUUUAAAUAUGCUUUUAUGAAUAUGUACAGUUUAAUAGUUCUUUGUAAAAUAUUGAAUUUGAUGGUUUGAUCAA